AUGGCCCAGCAGGACUACAAGUUUGAAGGAUGGAUGGGGUUGGACCCCAAGUCGGCUGAUGGGAAUAUGGUCUGGCAGGAGUUUGAGCCCAAGGCCUGGGAAGAGACCGACAUCGAUAUCAAGGUCACCCACUGCGGUGUCUGUGGCUCGGAUUUGCACACGCUUCGAAGUGGCUGGAAACCUGCGCUGUACCCCUGUUGCGUGGGCCACGAAAUUGUGGGAAUCGCCGUCCGUGUCGGCUCCCAGACCGACGGCAGCAUUAAAGUGGGAGACCGUGUGGGAGUUGGGGCCCAGAACGACUCCUGCUUGGGACGUCUAGGGGACUGCCCCGAAUGUGCCAUGGGCUGGGAGCAGUACUGUCAACAGAAGAUGGUGGGCACCUACAACGGCGUCCACCUGAAUGGCGACAAGUCCUAUGGUGGGUAUGCGCUUUAUAACCGUUCGACCGCCCAUUUCGUUGUCAAGAUCCCGGACGCCAUUCCUUCCGCCGAUGCCGCACCUAUGCUCUGCGGCGGUGCUACCCUCUACAGCCCUCUCAAGCACAACCAGUGCGGCCCCGGGAAGCGGGUGGGUAUCAUUGGCCUUGGUGGUCUCGGUCACUUUGGUGUCCUGUUCGCCAAGGCUAUGGGCGCGGACAAGGUCGUCGCUAUUUCGCGCAAGGCCGCAAAGAGCGCGGAUGCGCUGAAGAUGGGGGCGGAUCUCUACAUCGCUACCGAUGACGAGCCCGACUGGGCUACCAAAUACGCUCGCACCUUGGAUAUUAUUGUCUGCACAGUGUCCUCGUCCAAGAUGCCCAUGGCUGAAUAUAUCGGCCUCCUUGCCACGGACGGCAGCUUUGUCCAAGUUGGCCUGCCGGACGACGGGGUGCUCAACGCCCCCAUCCCUCAUCUUAGGCGUCGUCUUAGGAUCGGAGGUUCCUUUAUCGGAAGCCCGGAUGACAUCAGAGAGAUGCUGGCUCUCGCGGCGGAGAAGGGGUUGAAGCCUUGGAUCGAGGAGGUCCCGAUGAAGGACGCCAAUAAGGCGAUUGUCGAUAUGGAAAACGGCAAAGCACGGUACCGUUACGUGUUAGUCAACGAGGAGGAACACUAG